AUGGAAGACUCGCAGCUACCAUUGGUCCGGUCAGCUAGUGACGCGCAUGAUGCAUGGUCAAGACUGGAAGGACACUUCGAGAAGAGGAGCCUGGCCAACAAGCUCUUCCUUCGUCGACGCUUCUUCACGACGAUGAUGGACGAAGGUGAUGAUGUGCUGGAGCACAUCAACAGACUCAAGACUCUGGCGGAGCAGCUCGACGCUGUGGGUGCUCCGAUUAGCGAGGACGACUUCGUGAUCACGCUUCUAGCCAGCCUCAGCGAGUCGUAUCAGUUCCUGAUUACAGCAUUGGAGUCGAGAGCCGACUCCCUCACGUUGGAGCUAGUGACGUCUCGGCUGCUGCACGAAGACAUGAAGCGCAAGGAACAAGGUGGCGGAAUUGAAGGAUCCGCGCACAGUCAAGCUCAAGCAUUCAUGUCUCGAGAUAACAAGCGCAAGGCUCGACCGAUGAAGAAGACCGGUGCGUGCCACAAGUGUGGAAAACAAGGACACUGGAUUGCGGAAUGCCCUUCGCGGAUCCAAGAAGACGCUGGUAGACAGAGGUUCCAGCGUGCGAAUAUCGCGCAAGAAGAAGAGCUUGGCGAUUAUCUUUUCUCGGUUGGUGGUGACAAGACCAAGUCGAGCAACAUGUGGCUGAUCGACUCGGGUGCGACGCAGCACAUGACAAAUUCAAAAAGGUUCAUGAGGAACUACAAGGAUUUUGGCCCUGUGGAUGUGCAUCUUGCUGAUGACGGUGUGGUCCAAGCAAUUGGAAAAGGUGACAUCGUGAUGACAAUGAAGACUCCGCGCGGGAUCAAGAAGGGUGUGCUCACCGGUGUGUGGCAUAUUCCAAAACUGUCACGCAACUUGUUCUCCGUUGGACGAUUCACCAAGGAUGUUGGACCGGUCACAUUCGAGGUUGAUGGUUGCUUUGCUGAUACAAAGGGUAUCAAGUGGAAACUCGGCGAACUCGAAGGAAAAGGACUGUUCAAGCUCCGUAUGGUACCGGAACUGCCCGACGAGGUCAACGUGGCAAGCUCGAAUACCUGCAAAGCAAGCACCACGUCGUACCUCUGGCACCUUCGACUUGGUCACAUUGGCCACGGGGGACUAGAUGCUAUCGUCAAAAACGAUUGCUGCAACGGAAUCAACUUGACCUCGGUAAACAAGUGGGAGCUAUGUGAAGGGUGCGCUCUGGGCAAGCAAACACGGGUGAGCUAUAUGACGAAGUCACCCGAUUGCGCAACGACACUGCUGGAGGUCAUUCACAGCGAUGUAUGUGGUCCUAUGCACACGGCGACAUUCAGUGGAAAACGUUACUUUGUCACGUUUAUCGACGAAUACUCGCACUAUUGUGUGGUGUAUCUGAUGCAAAACAAGUCUGAAGUUUUGACCAAGUUCGCUCAGUUUGUCGCGCUGGCGGAGACACAAACUGGCAAUCGCGUGAGGGUUCUUCGAAGCGACAACGGUGGAGAGUACACCUCCGGUAUGAUGACCAAGUUCUGUUCGGACCAUGGUGUUGUGCAGAAGUUUACACCACCUUACACUCCUCAAUUGAACGGUGUCGCCGAGCGAAUGAAUCAUACGUUGGUGGAAUGCGCACGCUGCAUGAUGGAACAUGCUGCGAUGUCCAAGUCGUAUUGGGGUGAGGCGGUAAUGACCGCAAACUUCCUACGCAUUCGCUGUCCAACUCGAUCUACGGACCAUGGCAAGACACCAUACCAAGUAUGGACUGGCAAGAAACCUCUUCUUGCGAACUUGAAGGUUUUUGGUUGUCAUGCAUACGUUCAUGUGCCCAAGCCAAAAAGGUCCAAGCUAGACGCAAGAUCAGUUCAUUGCCGGUUCAUCGGGUACUCCGAUCAUGAGAAAGCGUAUCGUUUUGAGGAGAUCAGGAGCGGACGUGUGCUGGUAAGUCGCGACGCACAGUUCAUGGAGAACAUUUUCGAUAGUGGGAGACGUGACUACGUUCCAGAUGAAGCUGUCCUCGAAGAUGAACAGUUAUCUGAAGAAGAGUACACUUAUACCAACAACCCUGACACGGGACGAGAGGACACUACGCAGGAUAAUAACGAUGCGAUCAGGGGAAAGAGGCACCAACGCACGCAGUCGCUCGAAGCCUUAGCGAACCCUCCAGAGUCGAAAAGACCGAGUCGAUACCCCACCAUGGCUGAAAUGUCUGCGACAGAGCAUGACAGUCCCGACGUUGAAACGGCCUACAUCGUGGAUUCAGUGGGAGAAAUGCCGACAACGCUCAAGUCAGCAAUGGAAUCCAGCGAUGCAGUCCACUGGAAAGAGGCAUGCGAUUCUGAAAUAACUUCACUUCGCCAGAAUGCGACCUGGGAGCUUGUACCGCUACCAAAGGGGCGCAAGGCAAUCGGCAAUCGAUGGAUUUUUCGGGUCAAGGAAACCAAGGAUGGGACAAUCGAGCGGUUCAAAGCGCGUUUGGUGGCCAAAGGUUUUCUGCAGAAACAUGGCAUCGACUAUGAAGAAACUUUUGCUCCGGUGGCCAAGUUUACGUCAAUCAGGAUCUUACUCAGCUUGGCGGCAAAGCACAAUCUGAUGCUUCACCAGAUGGAUGUCAAGACAGCCUUCCUGAACGGAGACCUUGAUGAAGACAUCUACAUGACACAACCGGAUGGCUACGUUGAUGAAGAUCAUCCGGAGCUUGUUUGUCAUCUCAAGCGCUCUCUGUAUGGUCUGAAGCAGUCACCACGAAUGUGGAACCAGACCAUCGACAAGUUUAUGCUGGUCUUGAAGUUUCGAAAAUGCAAAACUGACCACUGCAUCUACGUCAAGCGACAUCAUCAAGACAUGAUCUUCGUGGCGCUGUACGUUGACGAUUUAGUCAUCGCAAGUAACAACUUCGAGCUGAUACAAUCAACUAAGCAGGCGCUAAGUGAACGCUUCGACAUGACUGACCUGGGCGACCUCAAGUACUUCCUCGGGAUGGAAAUUGAUCAAGACCUCUCAGCCGGCACGAUUUCAGUCCGUCAGUCCAAAUUUGCAAAAGAUAUUCUCGAGAAGUUUGGCAUGGAAAACAGCAAACCUGUGAAGACUCCACAAGACCCUGGACUCAAGUUGACAAGGUCAAUGUGUGCAGAUGGGUGCAAGCAUGCGGAAACAAUGGCAAAUGUGCCAUACCGCAACGCCAUCGGCUGUUUGAUGUAUCUCAUGGUGGGGACCCGCCCGGAUAUCGCAGUUGCAGUGGGAGCUCUCAGUCAGUUCGCGGCAGAACCUUGUCCAACCCAUUGGCAAGCGCUUAAGCGGGUGUUCCGUUAUAUUCAAGGCACAAGGACGUAUGGAAUUGAAUUCCAAGCAACCAGUGAUGACAAGCUGCAAGGCUACUCGGACGCGGACUGGGCUGGAGAUGUCGAGGCUAGACGAAGCACAAGCGGGUACGCCUUUGUAAUGAACAACGGAUGCAUUAGCUGGAGAAGCAAGAAACAGAGCACCGUGGCUCUAUCGUCUACAGAAGCCGAGUACAUGGCUUUGACUGAAGCUGCACAAGAAGCAAUUUGGCUUAAGGCAUUCUUACAUGAACUCGGCGAGAUGAAUAGCGACGAAGCAGUCAAGAUCUACGAAGACAAUCAAGGUUCCAUCGCAUUGGCCAAGAACCCCGAGUUCCACAAGCGGACCAAGCACAUCGACAUUCGAUAUCACUUUGUGCGUGAGAAGGUGGCAGAAGGAAAAGUGGUCCUGGAAUACUGCUCGACCAAGGACAUGAAGGCUGACCUAAUGACCAAGCCAAUUCCUGCAUCACAGUUCCAGUAUCUUCGAAGUAUGUUGGGCAUCAAGGCGCCACGGUCUGCCGAGGCGAGUGGGAGUGUUGCAAAACAAACGCCUCGGCAGGCUGAUUUUGUAAGAUGCACGUAG